GACACAGCCCCAUCAUUCUGGGGACACUGAGCUGGUGGGAUUGAACCAUGGCCUGGGUCCCUCUUCUCCUCGUGGUGCUCGCCCACAGCACAGGUUCCCUGGUCCAGGCAGCGGUUACUCAGCAGCCGUCCUCGCUGUCGGCCAACGUGGGAGAGACGGUCAAGAUCACCUGCUCUGGGGGUAGCAGCAGCAGCUAUGGCUGGUAUCAACAGAAGGUCCCUGGCAGUGGCCCUGUCACUGUGAUCUAUGAAAACACCGAGAGACCCUCGGGCAUCCCUUCGCGAUUCUCCGGAUCCACAUCCGGCUCCUCGAACACGUUAACCAUCACUGGGGUCCAGGCCGAGGACGAGGCUGUCUAUUUCUGUGGUGGUGCUGACAGCAGCAGUGCUGGUGUAUUCGGGGCCGGGACGAUGUUGACCGUCCUAGGCCAGCCCAAGGCCGCUCCCACCGUCCACCUCUUCGCGCCAUCCUCCGAGGAGAUGACGUCCCUGGGCAAAGCCACCCUGGUGUGUCUGAUGGAGGACUUCUACCCGCGCCCCGUGACAGUGGAAUGGGUGGCUGAUGGCAGCACCAUCACCACUGGUGUGGAGACCAGUCAGCCCCAGCGGCAGAGCAACAACCAAUACAUGGCCAGCAGCUACCUGUCGCUGGACGCCAGCAAGUGGCAGAGUUACAGUUCUGUCUCGUGCAAGGUCAGGCACGAGGCUGGAAAUGUGGAGAAGACCGUGAAAAGAUCCGAGUGCUAAUAACCCCACCCUGCCGGCCCUUGCUGGCUCCCUCCCUCCUCCCCACUUCUGGGAACAGCGGCUCCCCCCGCUGCAGAUGUCUCUGCCCAUGUCCCCCCUUCCCCUGCUCCUGUCUCCCCACUCUGAGUGUCACACAAAUAAACACCGACACUGAACUAGCGCUGGCUCAGCA